AUGGUGCGUGAGGGCAACGUCAAGCGCAAGGCAACCACGCGCGCUCCUGUUGCUGUGCCGACAGGUAUCAAGCUCAAAAGCAAGACUGUGAAAGAAGAUCCAGUCAAGCUGACCAAGAAAAAGAGUACGAAAGAGGAUGUCAGUGCAGCUCCCGUCAAGAAAAAAACCAAGUCGGUUCGCAUCAGUGAAAACCCUUCAGUCGUCAAGAUUCCAGCUCGGAAAACCUCAACAAAGAAAUCAAAAGUAGUACCUCUUGCCACAACGGUUGAAGAUGAAGAUGAGGAUGAGGGUGAUGAGGACGAAAUUGCUCUCGUCGAUGAGGAUGACGACUCAGAGGAGCUGGAAGGAUUCCCCCCGAUGGACUCCGAAGAUGAGGACGAAGAGGAUGACGCUCUUGCCAUGCGUGCUGCACCCACUGUGAGCGAGGUAGUGCGUCUUCCUAGCAGCCGUGAUGAUGUCGCUGUGCGCCAGCGCCUCGAGAAGGCCAAGCAAAAGCAGGCUCAGAACAAAGAUAAGGAGGAAGUGGGUGUCGUAUACAUUGGCCGCCUUCCUCAUGGAUUCUUUGAAGACCAGCUGAAGGCUUACUUUGAGCAGUUUGGCGACAUUAACCGUCUGCGUUUGUCGCGCAACAAAAAGACUGGUCAUUCGCGCCACUACGGCUUCAUGGAGUUUGCUUCAGCAGAUGUGGCAGAGAUUGUUGUGGACACCAUGAACAAUUAUCUACUGAAUGGUCAUCUUUUGCAAAUGUCGAUGAUUCCUCCGGAAAAGGUUGAUCCUAACCUUUGGGUGGGCGCCAACCGCAAGUUCCGUCGCGUGCCUACUGACCGCAUCGAGCGUGUUCGCCGUUCCAAGUCGCGGUCUGCAGAAGCCAGAGCCAAGGUGAAUCAGAAACUGUUGCAGCGCCAAAAGAAACGUCGUGCAGCGUUGGAGCGUGCAGGCAUCGAGUAUGAUUUCCCGGGAUACCAGUAA